CUCGUCGCGAUGAAUUGAAUCAACAACAGACAACAUGCUACAGCUGGGCAAGAAUGGCAGAUCGUUGCUGUUGAUCUUCUCGUCCUUGUUCGUUCUUUUGCUGUUCUUCGUCUCUCUGCAUCCUCCUACUCGGACCUUGCUCCAUCCACUCCAUGGCGUCGCCGAUAAGCCAAGAGGGUUCCAUUUCUUGCUGCCAACGACCAGCACCAACUCGGAAGUUUGCAAAUUGAUCGGUUCAGGCACAAUUCUGGGCUAUCCGGCUCCCUCGCUGCUGGGCUGGGAAGGCAGAGGACGUUGGAAUGGCUCCGAGAGCCAUCUGUUCAAGCUCUCGGAGACUCUGUUCUACCUCAAUACGUUGCGCAAAGAACAAGACGAUGAUCUGGUGCUCCUCCUCGACGCGUUUGACGUCUGGCUUCAGCUUCCACCACAUGUCUUGAUUGCACGAUACAAUCGCGCCAUCGCAAAAGAGAAUGAGAUUCUGAGACGAGAUGGCCUACUCGACCGGCCUGCGCCGGAUGGUACGCCCAUCAGGAACACCAUCCUGUUUGGAGUCGACAAGUUUUGCUGGCCACAGAAUGGGGAGGUCAUCCCAUGCUGGGCAGCUCCCAAUAGCUCGCUGCCAGACGACAUUUUUGGUCCUGGCACGGAUGGCGGCGAGGAUGUGAAGUUACGACCGCGAUUCUUGAACAGCGGCUCUAUCAUGGGCCCCGUCAAGGACAUCCGCAAUCUCUUCCGCACCACGAUCGAGCAAAUCGAUCUGGAGUGGGACGACGACUUCAUUCACAAGACGUCGGACCAACACUACCUGAGCAUCUUGUGGGGCGACCAGGAAGAAGCUCGUAUGGCAGUGCGCAAUGGCACAGGGCGGCUACUGGAGUCCCAGAGCGCGAUGGAAUUCCACAUGGCUGUGGACCACGCGAGCGAUGCGUUCCAGGUGAACAACUGGAACUCGCAGUACAUGACGUGGAUGACAUUCAACCACUCGACGCGAGACAACACUUCCCAAGCGGCUCGCAGCCUCGGCCGCCUGGACCAACUACAAUUGGACCCCGAAAUCACCUCCUCACCCGGCCCCUUUUCCGCUGCCGAUCCAGAUGAUGCGACGGACGGACUGCCGGUGGAGCUCGGGUGGGAGGACGUCUCGCUGGGCACCAACACGGCCACCGGCGAGGUAUUUCCGCUCUACCACAUCACGGGAAAUAAGCUCGUGCGAGGGCAAUGGUGGCCUCGAAUGUGGUUCCACCCCCACGGCGAGGCCCUUCUCAAGGCGGCGCGCAAGAAGUGGCUCGCGAAAGUCCAUUCUGCCGGUCAUUUCGAGGUCGCUGACGUCGGAGGGAUCAAGUAUACGGCGGUACAGCCCAACAAUGGCGAUAUUUUUCAGAAUAUGCGUGCGAGGGACAAAUCCAACGCCAAGGGGGGCGCGUGGAAUGAUCUGGGCGAGUUCAUGUCGUGGAAUGAGAUUUGUGGACGCGAAGAGAAGGCUGUCUUUCUCACUAGAGUAGUGCCGUUGUGAUGAUACCCAUGUCGUUGUGCCAAGUAGCGCCAAGAACUC